AUGGCGCCUUGGACAGCAUCAGUCUCCAUCAUCCCAUUCUGGUGCCUGUCUGCAGCACUGCUGCUCUUGCUUGCAUGCGCCGGCAGCAUCAUCUAUGAACUUUACCUGUCUCCGCUCAGUCACUUUCCUGGUCCAAAGCUAUGGGCCAUCUCACGUAUCCCCGGACAGUUGUCUGUUUUGAGGGGUCGGAAUCACUUGGAUGUCUUGGCUUUACAUGAAAAAUAUGGCCCUGUUGUCCGGAUCAGCCCCAAUGAACUUGCCUUCAACACUCCACAGGCUUUUCGUGAUAUCUACGGUGCUAGACCCGGGGGCUGCUUUGCCAAGGAUCGAAGUCAUUAUUUGCCGCCUGCGAAUGGCGUGGAUCACAUGGUUUGUGCAGUGGACAAUGCUGUGCACGCGCGUCAGCGGCGUCUAUUGGCCCAUGCCUUCUCAGAACGAGCCCUACGAGACCAGGAAGGCUUGAUCAAGGGCUAUGUGGACACCAUGAUUGGCAAGCUUCGUUUCGAGAUGACCAAAACAUCUCGUAUUGACAUUAACAAUUGGAUGAACUACACGACCUUUGACAUCACCGGCGAUCUGAUGUUCGGUGAGUCUUUCGACUGUCUCAAAGACAGCCGGUUGCAUCCUUGGAUUCAAUUGGUCUUCAAUUCCAUCAAAGCACUUGCUAUUGCGGGUGUCGCAAAUCAAUUCCCAGUGCUUGGAAGUGUCUUCUACGCUUUAGUCCCGAGGGAAGUGAAAAGAAAGGCUAUUGAGCAUUUCGAUCUGGCAGCUCAAAAAGUUGAUCGACGGCUGGAGACGAACAUGACCCGCCCUGAUUUCAUUUCGGCAAUCUUACAGAAUGGCCUCAGCGAGUCAAAGGGCCAAUAUUUGGAUGGAGGGCGGAUCAUGAGCAGAGCCGAGAUCCACUCGAAUGCGUUCAUCCUCAUCGUGGCUGGCAGUGAAACUGCUGCCACUUUGCUUUCCGGCGCGAUCUUCUAUCUGUGUAGCAACCCGGCUGUCAUGAGCCAGCUUGUCUCUGAAAUUCGAUCUGCAUUUAUUCAGGAAAACGAUAUUACUUUUCGCAGUGCAGCUUCCUUGGUGUACCUCGCAGCCGUGAUUGAAGAAUCCCUUCGCAUGCACCCGCCCUUUGUCACAAGUCUCGCGCGCGUUUUUCCUUCCGGUGGAUCGAUGGUUGAUGGGCAUUAUGUGCCUGGGGGGACCAUUGCCGCCUGCCAUCACUACGCCUCAUAUCGCUCCUCGUCAAACUUCACCUUGCCCCACAGCUUCCUCCCUGAGCGAUGGCUCGGCCACGAUUCACGCUUCGAACAAGACAAAAAAGAUGUGCUACAGCCUUUCAGCCUUGGACCACGAAAUUGUCUUGGAAAGAACUUGGCAUACUGCGAAAUCCGCCUCAUCAUCUGCAAACUAUUGUACCAUUUCGAUCUCACCCUUUGUGCUGACAGUACGAAUUGGACCAACCAGAAAGUGUAUUUCCUUUGGGAUAAGCCGCCGCUCAUGGUGACCCUCAAGGACCGAUUCCAGAAGACAGAGGAGGUCUCGAUUUAA